AAGAAGAUGACUUUGCCGGACCCCCCCCGUUUCGACGGAAACCGGAAGAAUUAUAGGAGCUGGAAGCUGGAGAUGGAGGGCAAACUGCGGACAGAUGGCUGUCUCCUAGGGCCUCCCGCCGACCAAUUCACCUACAUCUAUUCUCGCUUAGGGGUCUUACCCCAGGCAAUGGCAGCGGCGUUCUACGAAAGCGGAGGCCCAGGGGGAGCUCACAACCCGGUAGAUUUCCUCCGUUACUUGACCUCUACCUAUGAGGACCCCAACUUAGCCCAACACGCCCUCAACAACCUCGACGAGAUGGCCCAAGGAGACAAGGAAUCAUUCGCCGCGUUCUACCCAAGGUUCGAGAAAGAACUAGCCGACGCAGGAGGUGCUGCAUGGUCCGACGCCGUUCGGAUCAACUACCUCCGGAGGACCCUCAACAAGGAGAUGAAGACCUACCUCAUCUCGAUGCUUCAUCUACCGAAGGACUAUUUGGGGUUUGUACGAGAGCUUCACGAGUUGGGUGCCAACAUUGAUGCCCAGAGGUUUUCCCAGCGGAGAGCAGAGAAGAAGCUGCGCAAUCUCCCUAGCACUGGGAGUACCCCCACUACCCAGAGAGCUCAGAACACCGAACAAACCAAUGUCCCCCGUCCUGACGUUAUGGACUGGGAGCCUACCAAGAUCAACAGAGCUAUCCAGAAGCAGAAUAAGGAACUGGCAGGCAAGAGAGCCAAGUGGGCAAGCGAGCAGGAGGUUCAACGCCGGCGCAGAGAAGGAUUGUGCACCCGAUGUGGCAGGAAAGGAUGUUGGAGCGACAAGUGCCCCUUACUCCCACCAAAGCGCCCCAAUUCC